AUGCCUAGCCAGUACGCUUCCGAACCGCCCUGGUGGUUGCUACUGGCGGGGCCUAACUCGUAUCUUCUUCGAGAUCGGACCAUCGAAGAAUUCGUGGAGGCUUACGAAUCUCGCUUGGAGCAAUUUUUGCAAGCGAUGGAACGAGCUGAGAGGGCAAGAGAAGGCUCAGAUGGUGAGAAGCCUCUUUCUUGUCUUAUGCGUGAGUCGUGGGCCACGAAACGUUUCUGGUUCAAUUAUGCGGCUCGGAAACCGUUCGAUGUCGAAGUUCUCUUUGGCAGCUGCUUGAAGGAGGGUAGUGCCGGUGUUGAGUCGCUGGAUGAAGAGGGACGUGCGGGCUUGGAGCCCUUCGUUGAGAAGCAUUUGAAGGCAUAUGACAAUGAAUGCGCGAAAUCUCUUCAGUACGCUUACCAUCAUAUCCGGUGUUCAAGCACAGCAAUAAGAGCCUCGUGGCCUCGUAAACUCGAUUCUACGUUCGAGCAGAGUUUCGACUCGCUGUAUGUACAUCUAGGAAUGAUCCUGGGAAGCGGAUCGGUAAUUUGUGAUGGGUUCCGAGCCAAACUACCAUAUCGUUCAACGGGCUGA